GCAAAAAGGUUUUGAAGGUUAUUGGGGCUGCAAUAGAAAAGAGGUAAUACAAUUUUUGAAUAGCAUCAGCAAAUCUUCUAGUAAUUUUAACUCCUCAAUGUACGCUCACCUCUUGAAUUUUCACCUCACGCGCUACUAGCGCCUCUCGGCCUCUAGGUGAGAAUUAUUUCCCUCAUUGGGUCGUUCCACUCACGACCAAAAAUAAAAUUAAUAGAAGAAAAAAAUCCAGAAAGAGAUGACCAAAACUUAACGUUUAACGUUCAACAGCGUAGGUCUCAAGUAGGUCUACGCCGCGCCGCAGUGUCUACACUAGACAGAGAAUGGUCACAGCGUACCCAUAAACUACAAUCUACAUAGAACUGAAAUAGCAUAGACGGAUGCGUUUGUGUUGUAUGCGUUUGGUUUGAUACUUACCUACUCUAGCCAGCCAGGAUUUUCCCUCCUUUUGUGCUAAUCGGUAUAUUUGGCGUUUAACUUACUUUACAUCAUGCGUAAGAUAUCAAAAAGUCGUACAGAUGAUGAUGUGAUAUCGUCUACAAAUGGUUCUAUCGCUAAUGAAGAUCAUGCUGAUUCGGAACGCCGAGCUGACCCAGAUCACCAAGAUGAGAAAGAUACAGAAUCGGAACCGAAAGAUAAUGUUGGAAACGAUGAUGAGUCGAAUAGCACUAUAAAAGAAUCAUCUAAAAAGGCUAAAGCAAAGAACAAGCAUAAGAAAAGGAAAUCUGAAAGAAAUGUUGUUGAGGAAGAGUAUGAGGUGGAAAAAAUUGUAGACUCUAAAAGGAUAAAAGGAAAGCUUCAUUAUUUAAUACGUUGGAAAGGGUAUUCCGCUGACAGUGAUACUUGGGAACCAGAAAACACUUUGUCAUGUCCUGAAUUGAUUAACAAAUAUAAUGAUGAGAAAGAGAACUCCAAAAAUAAAGAUCCAAAAAGUGACAAAAAGAAUAACAAGAGGAAAGCCAAGAAAGAAACCAAAGUACCAGCCAAAAGGGCAAGAAAUGACUCGGAUGAGAGCGAUGUGGAUGAGAAUGCUGAAUAUGAGGUUGAUCGUAUCCUAGAAGUACGCCACAAGAAGAAUGGCAAACGAGAGUUUUUCAUUCAUUGGAAAGGGUGGUCUAGUAAAUACGAUUCUUGGGAACCCGAAAGUAAUUUAAACUGCUCGGAAUUGAUUAAGAAAUUCAUGGAAAAGGUGGACAAAGCUCGUACUGUGGAUUCUCGUAAUUUAAGAGUGGCUCCAGAGACAACCAAUCGCUUUACGCUACAGGACCCUUCCUCGGGUCGGCGGUUAAGUAAAAGGCGCGGGCAACGCCAAAGGGUACGUUACGACAAUGCCGAAUGAAGUUUGAAACUUUUGCAUGGUAUAUAGUACCUAACAUUAUUAGUAUCUAAGGUUUUCGCAGCAUUGCAUGUCAUAUAUUAAUAUUGAUAUUACUUUAUAGUUUUGACUUUGUUCUUUUAAAUACAUUAUGUGCAGAUGUAUUCAAUUGAUGAGACUUUCUACGCUAGGGAAGUAUUAAUAUACUUUGACAAAUUUAAAUUUGUAUGUAUGUACUGAAUUUUUAGUAUCAUAAUCAAUGCAAAACGCAAACUGAGUCGAGUACUACACGAAAUGUCCAUAUCAAAUGUCCAAUGCCGAUCUAUUGCUGAGGGUGAAAUUAAUGCUUAAGUUUGGGUAAUUGUAGGCAAAUGACUGCUUUACGAAUCGCGUUGUAUUCGAGAAUUAUUUCGAUUUUAAGUAAAUGGUAUACACAUAUAUAAAAAAAAUUGUGUUGUAAGUGUAUAUUUUGUUUCCCUUUGAGUCUGUUGGAUAAUUAGUUAUUUCCUGAAUUGGUUAUUUUUGCAAAGUUGCACCUGCUAAGUCUAUGUCGCUACAUAGACUCGAUAGUUGUGGUCCAUUCAUAAAUGGUGUAUGCCGCGGUUUGGAUUCGGAUUCAAUAACUAGGAUAGCCAAUCCUAGUUAUUUGACCACUCAUUACUUAAUACACUAUCGAAAACAGAGAGUGUUCUUUACGACCACCUAAAAAUUUGGUUUAAUUUUAAAUUCAAAAUAAAACUAAUUAUUGAAAUUCGGUCAAUACACUAAGUACAACUAGAUAUUUUGUAACAAUCUUGUUAUACAUUUUUGUGUAAGUCAUGUUUUUAAUAUAUAUUAUACAAACCAAUGGGUAAAUUCAGUGUUAGAUGAAGUGCACAUUACGCUGGUUAGUAAAUAAUAAUAAUUUUAAGUUUCAUGUACGUUAAAACUUAAAUGUUCUAUUUUGUUAAAGAUAUAAACUUUAUUCUGAAAACAUUCAUCGAAAUUAACUAGUAAAGGGACCGUCCAUUAAUCAUGUGUUUUUUUGUCUUUAACACUCCUCCCUCCCCUACGUGAUAGGUGGUGUGGUUGGCUUACCCCCAUUUCACAACGAAAUCGAAAAAGUUGCUGUUUCUCCUAGAUUUCAUUAUUUUUUCUAACUUUUAUUUACCAGUAAAAAAAUAUCUGUAGCAUCAAAGAAAGCAAGUUGUUUUUUCUGAUAUGUUUGUUAAGAAAACACGCGUUUGACAAAUAAACAUACACAAGAUUUAACGAGAUAUCACUAUUGUCAUGUAUUUCUGAUUUAUAUGUUUAAUGGACGGCCACAUAGAUAUAAGAAAUAUAAAACAAUUCCCUAAAAUGUUAAGGAGUCUUGGAUUCUUAUUUUGAGGAUUUCUUUAGUUCGUACCGUGCGUAAUGAGUGCUCCCUCUUGACACACGAACCAAAAAGAUCUGUAAAAUAUAUGACGUGUCCUGGGGCUGUCGCCACAUUUUAAAGUUACAUUACUGCAGCUAUGGCAGCGUGACAACGCCCCCCCGGUUGAAAGCGUGUCUCUCUUUCACAACUACGGUAAUAUUAUUUUAAGAAGUGGUGGUAGGUCUAGUGAGUUUUAGAGUAAGGUACAUGUAUAUUAAAAAAGUAGUUGUAUUUUAUGACGAAAGAAAUAUUUAAAAGUUUGCCUAAACUUACUUGUGCAAUACAUAAUGCAAAUAAUUUGUAGUUUGCAAUGGAAGUCUUUAAUUAUUUGUUUAUAGACAUACUAGAGGAUAUAAAUGAAACUAUGUUCGUCAAGAAAUAUAGAUAUAUUUGUAAAGUAUUUUUCAAAUAGUAAUAACAUCAGCCUUUAACUGCCCUGUUGAAGUUGAAUAAACACGGUCCUGUGUUUAUUCAGUUACUGUUAAUUUUGAUAAAAAAGUAUACAGACAAAAUAUUAGGCGUUUAGGAAAAUAAAUUGUAUCGCUUUUUUAAACAGAGCUCUUUUUAACUAUAUUCACAAGUUUGUGAUUAAACUAUUUUUCCUUAUAUGAGUUUAAUUCAAGUGGAACAAUUUAAAAAGAAACUAGGUAUUGCUAAUCCAAUAUUUAUUGACUUGUUGUGUAUAAAUAAUCUAUAAUUUGAGAAAUCUUAGGCAGUUCCUAAAUUUUACGUUUAGAAAAACUAUAAUUUUUUACCUCAAGAUGUUUAAUAUAUUUUGUUUCCUUUGUUAAAUAUAACGAACUAGCUGUUGCCCACGACACCGUCCGUGUGGACUUCCGUUUACAGAUAGCGGUGAUUGCCGUUUUAGUGGGAGUAACGAGAUAAAAAGUAGUCUUAACACCCCCCAUAACCCUCCCCCCUUCAAAUCAACUACCAGACACCGCUCGCCCAUAACUUACCUUUUCCAGAUAAAAAGUAACCUAUGUCCUUUCUCAGCAUAUUACCUCUCUACAUUAGCUGUGUAUCAAAUUUCAUUACAAUCGGUUCUGAAGUUUCAUCGGGGGAGCGAAACAGACAGACAGAGAUACUUUUGCAUUUAUAAUAUUAAAAGGGAUAAUUCGUAAAAUUUUGAAGUCAGUGGAAUUAGGUUUAAAAAGUAAGACCAUAGAAGUUUUUGACUAUAACGGCUGAAAAGCAAUUUGUUAGCUAAAAAUUACUGCCUAAGUAUGUAGAAUGGUAUCAGCUUGUGUCAUCAAUAAUCAAUGCGGGUUAAUUUUCAAUCACCAGCCAUUUUUUGUGCAAUGAUUCUCGGUCAUAUUUAUUUAAAAAGCUUUUCAGCAUAUCCUAAGGUACAGAAAGCGUGAAAAGCUAAGAUUGAAAAUGAUAAAAAGUCUUCGGCCAGGAAGAUUUUUUAAAUAAAAAUCAUAGUAAGUUAUAAUUAUUAUUUUAACUUAACAUGAUAAACUCGUCGCACGCAAACAUUGUUAAAGUACCAAGCGGGAAUCAACAAUAAAUCAUGCCUAAAGAAGAAAAUAAUACUUGCGCUAAAUUUCAUUAUUUCUAAAAUAAAUGUUGUAUGCCUAUCGUUUAAGAAUAAAAGUUUAUGUAGCUUAACUUUCGCGAAAGCAAGCUUUAUUUUACGUUAAUUCACUUAUUAACUUGUCCGAGCUACAAGAAGUAUUAAAAAAAGUAAUAGCUUCUUUUCGAAAGUUGUGUUUGCAUGACUACGAGUUUGUCACAUGAUAAGAUAUCGAAACGUGUCGGCAAAAUAAUGCAUUCAUUGAUUAUCCAGCAUUAUUAUCUUGAUGCCUAAAUGAAAAUUAACAUUAAUUUAUUGCUUAAUAUUGUCAUAAGAGUGUCGAUAUGGCCCUCGAAUUAAGGCUAGAGUGGGAACUAGUAUGUAAAUUCUGAAUUUGCGAUUAUAUUCAAUGCAUAUUUUUUAUUCGCUCUUAGGUUCAGAAUGUUAAAAUUUGGCUGGCCGUUAAAUAUUAACCCUGUAUAAUGUAUAUCGUUGGUACAUAGCUAGUUUUGAAAUGUUGACGUACUUUUGUUAUGGAUUCCCUGUUGUAAUAAAAUUAUACAGCACUAUGGCUAUACUACGGCGAGACUACAUUGGGUACCUACGCAGGACGUAUUUUCUCCAAUUCUCACUUUUAUUUUGUCUAAUAACUCGCUCGAAAUACCACAUUUAUGAAAAAAAAA